AAUGCGAUCACCACAGUAAGUCUAGUAACCAUCUGUCACCAUGUAGAGUUCUAGUAAUAAAAUAAAGGAGCGGGAUUAGAUAAUACCCUUCCUCGGUGGCUGAGCCAGCUGAGCAGGCCUUUCUGUGCCUUGGACCUAGGAGCUUAACAUAUGCACACAGAGUGGUGGAAGCAGCCUUUCAGGGCACCCAUGAGAUUUGGUGGGCUAGCCUGUCAGUUAAGAAGCUCAAGGGCUUUAGACAUGAACUCAAAGGGAUUUCAUUUCUGACACAUAUGCCAUCAGGCUCAGCAAGGACCAUCCUGAGAAAGUAACCAGGAUGCUGGAGGAGAUGUCCUCUAACUGCACACCUUCCAGCAGCCGGGGUGCCCCCUCCUAGAGCCCACACCCUUCCUCUCCACAAUCCAGGUGGCCUUGUUCAGCUCCUUCAACCGUCCCCCUGACCCAUGGCUGCCUGGGCAGAGCAGGUCUACCAUGUUCCUCAGGUUGCACAACAGGGAAAUGACCUGUGCAUGAAGACAACCAUUGCCAUCCAGUAAAGUGUUCCUUUGUACCUUUUCGGAGAAAUGACUGGCAGGGAAUUUCCCCAGGUGCCAAGUCUGACUUUUCUUCCCUCCCAAUGACCCCAACAGGGAGCGCUCAGUAUAAAUAAUUAGCAGCCAGCUGUCCCCAGCAGGCAGGGACCAGCAGCUCUCCUCCACUGGAAACCAGGCGAGAGACCACUCCAGGGAGUGAUUGCUCUAAAAAACUUACUCUCUUUUCUCUUUCCAGCAAGACUGUACAUUCAUUUUAAAAUAAUUAUUCUAUUUGUAUCUGUGCUGUGUGAGGUCUGUGCUGGCGGAGUAGCACAGGGUAAGUGCUUUUUGAUUAAUUACAGGCUGCUCAGGAGGGUCGGUUUGGUCCUAACUGCCCUCUUCCUGCAUAAUGCCACCUUGGUGACCUCCUAGACAGUCUUGGGUUCAGGGGUGAUGUGUUCAGAAAUGAGGGCCUUGGCUCUGAGUGAAGUCCUACUACAGUGCUUCCUAGAUGGACAGCAGCAUCUCAUGAGAACAAAAGGAAAUGCACAGCCAGGCUGUCUCUGAGACAUAUGAACCCCAAAAGGAGGUGUGCCAGCCUUGCCCGUGUCUCCCUGACCCUCCCCUUUCAUUUCAGCACCAUGAAGCUUGUCACAGGCCUCGUGUUCUGCUCCUUGGUCCUGGGAGUCAGCAGCCAGGACUGGCUUUCGUUCAUGCGCCAGGCUUAUGACGGGGCCAGAGACAUGUGGAGAGCCUACUCUGACAUGAGAGAAGCCAACUACAAAAACUCAGACAAAUACUUCCAUGCCCGGGGCAACUAUGAUGCUGCACAAAGGGGACCUGGGGGCGUCUGGGCUGCUGAAGUGAUCAGGUAACAGGCUCCUGGGGAUGCAGGCUGGUCCAGCAGAGCUUGGCUGCCUGGGGACCGGGAGGAUGUGGGCCCUAGAGAAGGACCCUGUAGGCUGUGGCUCCUCAUGUCCUUCCCGUGUGCCUUCUCCAUCCCUGCCCAGCACAGGGCCUGGGCUGCCAACAGAGCCAGAGAAUGGCUUGAUGGCCUGUCCCCAGAAAGAGAACCUGAGCGUCAAGGGUUGAUUCUCACCCUCCCCUCUGGGUGCUGUUCUCCCAGUGGCAGGGGGUCACCCAGGGCUGAGUGGGCUGUGCCCAGGUGGGCUCAGUGUUUAGCCUCUUUCCAGUCUCCUUUCAGAGCCAUUAAUGCCUUGGAAAUGGGAGAGUUGGGAGGGUGGGGCUGUUUCUUAUUAGCCCCUGAUUCACCUCCAACCUGCUCCCCUCAUUCCAGCGAUGCCAGAGAGGGUGCUCAGAGAUUCACUGACCUUUUUAAGUAUGGAGACAGUGGCCAUGGCUUGGAGGACUCGAUGGCUGACCAGGAGGCCAACAGAUGGGGACGGAGUGGCAACGACCCCAAUCGCUAUAGACCUGCUGGCCUGCCCAGCAAGUACUGAGCUGCUUCACUCUGCUCUCAGCAGACUGGCUGUGACCCCCAUGAGAUCAAGGACACCGAGUCAUUGAGUUCCAUAUCCCCUGAGAAAGAGCACAUAAUGGAUGUGUAAUAAAUGCUCAAGAGUUUGAAUGUUGAAAACUUUGUGUUAUUUUUUGGUAUUAGGGCUACUUAUUUGGUGUCAAGGGGUGAUGGAUGGGUACCUACCUAAAAGCGGACCCUGUGCCUGUGUGUUUAGGUGUAGAGGACAAUCUCAGAGUCACACAGGGCAACAGCCUGCUAGACACCCUUUCCCGAGUCAGAUCUGCUCCUCUCUAGGUUUGUUGGUU